CUAAAAGACUUUGUAUAGGGCCGCUCCUGGGGAUAGUUCAGGUGGCGGUAGUAUCUUUCGGCCAUUUUGUUGUGUGUCUUUUCCGGAAUAGCAGGCAUCAUGAGUCGUGUCAGGACAAAGACGGUCAAGAAGGCCGCAAAGCUUAUUAUCGAGAAAUAUUACACCCGAUUGACGAUGGAUUUCCAUACAAAUAAAAGGAUAUGCGAAGAAAUCGCAAUUAUUCCUAGCAAAUCUUUAAGAAAUAAAAUUGCUGGAUUUGUUACGCAUUUAAUGAAGCGUCUCCGACACAGUCAAGUGCGAGGUAUUUCCAUUAAAUUGCAAGAAGAAGAGAGGGAACGCAGAGACAACUAUGUUCCUGAAGUGUCUGCUUUAGAGCAUGACAUUAUUGAGGUUGAUCCAGAAACCAAGGAAAUGUUACAAAUGCUUGGAUUUAAUAACAUUCCUGGAUUACAACUCACACAAUCUCAGUUACCACCUUAUAACAACAGACGUUCUUAAAACUUCAUUCUUUAUAUUAAAUAAGAUUGUUGGUUGUGCAUUUUUUAAUAAAAUUGCAAACUA